AUGUCGACCUCAACCUACCCAGACCAGAGCACGCUCAUCCACUACAACCCCGCGUGGAUCCAAGGCCAGGGCUUCCUACAUCGCAACAAUGUCCUCUUCUACUUCAUGGAGUCCCCCUUCUUCGACCCAGCAUCACGCAACUCCGAAGUCUUCAAUGCAGCCCAAGAUCAAGCGCACUGGCAACAAGCCAUCAGUACGGUAGACAGCUUUCACCGCGAGAUGGCGCUUCGUCCAGGCCUGGAGUACGUGCUUGCUCAUGAUCCCGAGAAGGAGGGUACGAUGAUUCGGCCCUCACCUGAGCAGGGCGUUCCGGAGGGACAACUUGUGCGUUCGAAUCUGUUUGUCAUCAGGAAGCAGCAGCGGCUGGGGGAUUUGAGGACUACGGUGCCGAUCAGUGUCUACUGGGUGAUGCAGAAUAAGAUUUUCCAGGCGCCGAGCGUCAGUAAUGUGCUCAAUGCACGGUUGUUAGCUAUGGGUGCGGGGCUGACGAAGGUGCUGGAGAAGAUGAGUGUGCUCGACAAGGUCGCACCACAAGCUGAUGAUAAGAAGGCAAAGGCUGCGAUGGGGCGGGAUCUGAGCAUGAGCAGGAAUGUCACGCCUGUUCCGGGGCUCGAAGAAGCGACUAUGGCACUGGAGAGACCGAUCGAAGCCAAUACAGCUACGAAGGAUGAGGAAGACGAUGAGGAGGAGGAAAGCUACAACACGCUAGAGCGAGCUCUGCGGAUGACAUUGAACUACGAGAACGAAUAUGCAGAUCAGAUGGAGCUUGUUGGAGAGCCAGGAAAUCUCAGAUUCUCGAAGGCGAAGGAGCCACCGAGGCCGCCAGCAAAUGCUUCACAACGUGUGGCUUCAUCGCGGUCGGGGACGCCUGCUCAGCCCAGAGCUGUUUCUGCGGGUGUCGCCGCAAGGUAG